GUGGAAAUAUAUAUAUAUAUAUAUACAAAAAAAAGUUGCAGAAAAAAAGAAAGUUUCAUUCGCAGGUAAAGAAGAACAUGUUUUUACUCCACAAUCCAAAGCAACCGCACUAGCCUUCUUUCAUCUUGUAAUACUCCCUCAAGCUUUUUUCACUUCAGCCAUGGCGGCAUUUCAUCUCCCCUCCUUCCUUUUCUUCUUCCUUUUCUUCAAAUCCAUCGAUUCUCUUUCAUCUCCUUCGUUUUCCCUUUCUGGGUUUCGUGGAGAUCCACAGUUUGAGCUCAAUGUUGCUCUCUACGGCGAUGCGGCGGUUGUCGAUGGCGGCAGUGCUCUCCGUCUCACUACUCCGGCCACUUCUAGUGCUGGGCGAAUCGUGUACAAGAAACCCAUCAGACUCGUUCGAGGUAAAUCGAGGAGAUUGAUGUCUUUCUCGACUGAUUUCUCGUUUUCUUUGUCGCCAAAUUCAGGUGCGGAUGGUUUGGGUUUUGUUGUUGUUCCUAGUAGUUUUAAUGUCAGUGCCUUUGAUUACGGACCAUUUGGGCUUAAUUUCGAAUCGGAGAAGAAACAGAAGUUCAACAUGAUCGUUGUUAAAUUUACUACUUCUUCCGAUGCUAAGAAUGGCGAUCUGGUUAGAAUUUUGGUAGGAAUUGAUGUGGGUUACAAGAGAAAUACAUCAUUUGCUGAUUCAGGCAUUUUUUCAAACAGUUCAUCGGCAUUAAUUAGAGGGCAGAAUUUGCACGCUUGGAUAGAUUACGAGGCGGGUUCUAGGCAAUUAGAAGUAAGAGUAGCAGAAAACACCUUAAACAAGAAGCCAUCUGUGGCAUUGCUUUCAUUCCCAAUUGAUAUCUCUCAGAUUUGGAGUGAAGACGAGGAACUGCUGGUGGGUUUGAGUUCAUCAAAUAGGAACUCAUCGCAGCCAUGUUUGAUGUAUUCAUGGAGCUUCAAGCUCAAGAACAUUCCGAAUUGGAUGCAUUCGGAGCCCCUGGAUCCGAAGUCUAUCGCCAUUAGUAAGGAAUCAGAACCUCAAAAUGUUGUUAAAGAGGGCAAUAAUUGCUUUAUGAGAGUAGUUGCAGCCAUGAUUUUUGGGACUGGGUGUGGGGCAUUGACAGCCUUUGUGGCGUUGUAUUUAUGGACCAUCUUCGGCAAUAGGCGACCAGUGGCGCCUGAGGAGUUAGCGGUGCAGCAGAUGGACGUUGUUAAGUACAAGAAAGUUGUGGUGUUGGACAAAGCCAUGGAAGAUAAUAAUGGUAAGAAGGAGGUUGACGUUUGAGUUUGGGUAAAGAAAAGGAAGAGAAUUGGUGUUGUAAAAAUUCAAUAUGUUUGUUUUGUUUUGUAAUGUUCAUGUAAUUUGGGUAUCAAUUGUCUAAAGAUGUAGGUUUUUUAGGUUUCAUUAUGUGCAAAAGGCAUGCCAUUCCCCCAUCUGGCUGUUUGUAUUGUGAUUACCAAUUUAAUGGAACCGGCACUUUUAACAUA